CGCCGGCGGAGGAGCCCGCAGCAUCCCCGCGCCCCGGCACCCCGUCACCCCGGCCCCGCACCCGGGCCCUGCUCCCCGCGCCCCCGCGCCACGGCCCUGCACCCCGCGCCCCCGCAGCCCGGCCUCACUCCCCGCACCCCGCGCCCCUGCACCCCGCACCCCGCGCCCCGGGGUCCCGCCGCCGCAGCCGCCGGCCAUGCUGCGGGGGCCGUGGUUCCAGCUGCUGCUGCUGGCCGCGGCGCUCGGCUUCUUCCAGGGCGACGCGCGGCCCGGGGAGCGCGGCGAGGGCGGCGGGGUGCGGCGGCGGCGCUGUCUGAGCGGGGCCCCCCCGCGGCGCCUGCGGAGGCGGGAGCGACGCGUGACGGCGCAGCUGGAGCCGCUGGGCGGCGGGGAGGCGCCGUGCGGGGCCCUGUACCCGCGCCUGUCCUGCUGCCCGCGGGCUGACAGCGCCGGGCGCCCCGAGCACAAGAUAUUUUCUGGAACCAACAACACAGAAUGUGGGAAGUUACUGGAGGAAAUCAGAUGUGCGCUUUGCUCUCCAAACUCUCAGAGCCUGUUCCACUCGCCUGAGAAAGAAGCCUUGGAAAGAGAGCUGCUGUUCCCGCUGCUCUGUAAAGACUAUUGCAAAGAAUUCUUUUAUACUUGUCGUGGCCAGAUUGCAGGUUUCCUUCAAACUACUGCUGAUGAGUUUUGCUUUUAUCAUGCAAGAAAAGAUGGUGGGUUGUGCUUCCCAGAUUUUCCUAGAAAGCAAAUCAGAGGACCGGCCUCUAACUACUUGGACCAGAUGGAAGACUAUGAUAAAGGGGAAGAGAUAAGCAGAAAGCACAAACACAACUGCUUCUGUCUUCAGGAGGUUGUGAGCGGGCUGCGGCAGCCUGUGGGCGCCCUCCACAGUGGCGAUGGCUCACACCGGCUCUUCAUCCUGGAGAAGGAAGGCUACGUGAAGAUUCUGACCCCGGACGGAGACGUUUUCAAGGAGCCUUAUCUGGACAUUCACAAACUUGUUCAGAGUGGAAUAAAGGGCGGAGAUGAAAGAGGAUUGCUAAGCCUUGCAUUCCACCCCAAUUACAAGAAGAAUGGAAAGCUCUAUGUGGCUUAUACCACCAACCAAGAGCGGUGGGCUAUCGGGCCUCAUGACCACAUUCUCAGAGUCGUGGAAUACACAGUAUCCAGGAAAAACCCCCACCAGGCGGACCCCAGGACAGCCCGGGUGUUCCUAGAGGUGGCGGAACUCCAUCGGAAACACCUGGGAGGCCAGCUGUUCUUUGGCCUUGACGGCUUUUUGUAUGUCAUCCUCGGGGAUGGGAUGAUCACUCUGGACGACAUGGAAGAGAUGGACGGACUAAGUGACUUCACAGGCUCCGUGCUGCGGCUGGACGUAGACACCGACCAAUGUGCCGCGCCCUACUCCAUCCCGAGGAGCAACCCGCACUUCAACAGCACCAACCAGCCGCCCGAGGUGUUUGCCCAUGGGCUGCAUGACCCCGGAAGAUGUGCUGUGGACAGACAACCCACUGAUGUAAACAUCAACCUGACAAUACUUUGUUCAGACUCCAAUGGAAAGAACAGGUCAUCUGCCAGGAUCCUGCAGAUUAUAAAGGGGAAAGACUAUGAAAGCGAGCCCUCCCUUUUAGAAUUCAAGCCCUUCAGUAACGGGCCUUUGGUUGGUGGCUUUGUUUACCGAGGCUGCCAGUCAGAAAGGCUGUAUGGAAGUUACGUGUUUGGAGACCGGAACGGGAACUUCUUGACUCUCCAACAAAGUCCCGUGAGCAAACAAUGGCAGGAGAAGCCACUCUGUCUUGGCAACAGUGGCUCUUGUCGAGGUUACUUUGCAGGCCAUCUCCUGGGAUUUGGAGAAGAUGAACUAGGUGAAGUUUACAUUCUAUCAAGUAGUAAAAGUAUGACCCACACUAACAAUGGAAAACUCUACAAAAUAGUAGAUCCCAAAAGGCCACUGGUGCCAGAGGAUUGCAAAGUCCAGGUACAGCCUGCCCAGACCCUGACUUCCGAGUGUUCCCGGCUCUGUCGCAACGGCUACUGCACCCCCACUGGCAAGUGCUGCUGCACCCCAGGCUGGGAAGGCGACUUCUGCAGAAUCGCAAAAUGUGAACCAGCAUGCCGUCAUGGAGGGGUCUGCAUGAGACCCAACAAGUGCCUCUGUAAAAAAGGAUAUCUGGGUUCUCAGUGUGAACAAGUGGACAGAAACAUCCGCAGAGUAACCAGGGCAGGUAUUCUUGAUCAGAUCAUUGACAUGACAUCUUAUUUGCUGGAUCUAACAAGUUACAUUGUAUAGUUCCUGGGACUGUCUGAAUAUUCUUUUCCAGUGGGCAUUUAUUUUUUAAACCUGUCAUUAAAAAGAAAGACUGUUAUCCUGCUCCACACUCCUGUGAUUUCAUUCUCUUCCAUUAAUUUAAGGAUCAUUCCCUGAGAUGUUCAGAUCCUGUGUGUGUAUGCUAGCACAUCUGUUCAUGUAUGUCCACAUACACACACAAGCAUACACGGCCCCUAUUAUGCAUGAUUGCAUAACAGAUGGGUGUUUAAAGUGUCUAUUUCCUUGUGUAGGAUAAUUUACACAGAAAUUCCAUUGUAUAUUGAUAACAGAAUUUUUAUGUCACCAAAUGAGAUGACUUGACUUCCUAAGAAUUUUCUGUCUGUAAUAACUAAAGUCAACUUUAAUAGAUUUUUGAAACAUUACUGUGCAAUCUGAUGGAUCUAAUACGAGAGGCAAUAUUUUCAUAUUGAAGGACUAUAACAUGAGCGAAUGUUUCAGAACUCCCUGAUGGAUUUUACAAGCAACUUGAUCUGAAAUUGUAAUCUUUGGGUGCUUUUUUUUUUUUUAAUCAAUGUAUCCAGUUACAGAAUGUUAGACACUUACCUUUUUAUUGGCAGAGAACCCUGGUUAUUCUAGCUUCUUCUCAGAUCAUUUUCAAGUGUUUUAUAAUUUAAUCAUAACAGCGUAUUCUAAUGCCAAUCUUCCUAAAAGGUCUGCUUUUAUUGUAUAUUUUAUUUAACAAUAGGCACUGGGUUUAUGUUACAUAUUUAUAUUUUUAUUUUAUUUUUAUAAUAUAGACAUCACCUAGAUGAAACACCUUUACCUUGUCCUGUAAAAUACUUGUUACAUUUUUCACCAACUUAAUUGGAAAGAAGGGGAGUGAGAAUGUAAACGGUCUUUAAUGUGCUGUGGACCUAAUCUAGCCAUGUAUCCUUGUGCCAACAUGUAGUCAAUUCACGAUGGAUGAAAAUAAAAGCAAGAAAACAGCCAGUGCCUAUAGAAUCCCAGCAGUAAACAUUUGUCAAGUGCUUUUUUUCACCCUAGCAAGACUGUCAGAGUACAUGUGGUUAGAAGGUCACAGACUUCACAUUCUGGACAAGAGCUCACUCAUUUUUAACAAACCUUGACUGUGCACAGUGUCACCUGUACAAGUUUUUUAACAGAAGCAUUAUUGCCAGAUAUGACCUGUAAUGUAUAUGCUCCUUCAGAAUACGAUGCAAAUUCUUCACUUGGUUGAUGUAUGAAUAAAUUACCAUAAAUGA